CAAAAGCAAAACCAUGGAAAGAAAAGGGAAAGUGCCACCAAGUCAUUGUUUAAAAGUAAUAACAACACUUGAAUAAAUAAAAAAAGUAAUAACAACAGUCGGUGUCUUUAAUAAUUUGAUAUGAAAGUUUGAGUAGAGAAAAAGAGUUGAGAAUAAAAAAUGGAGACGGUGAUGGAAGAUGUAGAAGAAUACAACUACAGAGAAGUGAAUCUUCCUUCUCUGAUCCCAGUGGUGGGUGAGCCAGAGCUUGAAAGAGAAACAGGGGAGAGAAGAAGAGGAAGGGAUAUAGUUAUAGCCAUAGAUCAUGGUCCCAAUAGCAAACAUGCUUUUGAUUGGGCUCUUAUUCAUCUAUGCAGACUUGCUGAUACUAUCCACCUUGUUCAUGCCGUUUCAGAUGUGAAGAACCAAAUUGUGUAUGACAUGACCCAGGUGCUGAUGGAAAAAUUAGCUGUUGAGGCUUUUCAAGUCGCAAUGGUGAAAACAGUAGCUCGGAUUGUGGAAGGUGAUACAGGAAAAGUAAUUUGCAAAGAAGCAGAGAGAACCAAACCUGCAGCUGUGGUUAUGGGGACUAGAGGCAGAAGCUUGUUUCAAAGUGUGUUACACGGAAGUGUUGGUGAGUACUGCUUUCACCACUGUAAAGCAGCACCUCUUGUCAUUGUUCCUGGAAAAGAUGCUGGUGAUGCUUCAAUCGUCUAGUUGAUUUGCCUUGUGUUUUGUAAUCUAUCUAACUUCAUACUCACUGCUUUGCAUGUAAUUGUAAAAUAUUCAUUUCUUCAAUUUAACAAUUGUUUGCCUUCUUA